CUCACCUGCAAUUGGCAAAACAGGCACAGCCAACACACACGACCACACAUCACAACCAUGGACUGGAACCUGCCAUCAGAGAAGAAGAGCGGCAUCGAGGUGCCAAAGCAGGCGCGGCCCUUUGGCAUGCCGUCUGGUCCCAUCGAGAAGACCUCUGAACGUGGCCCAAACAAGCAAAAUGUCAAGGAGCUCAAAGCAAAGCUGGCAUGGCAAGUGGCAACGCGCCCGAUGCAGGGUUUGCUGAUGAACUUCUUCAUGCUGUGGAUGAUGGGAAGCAGCGUGAACCUGUUCACGUUCCCCAUGCUCGGUUACAUGGUCUACUCGCCCCUCGUUGCCCUCUCGUCCAUCUCCACAGAGUUUGAGAAGCUCAGCAAGGAAGAAUCGUUUUGGCUGCAGAAGAUUGUGUUUGCGUUGGGUCAACUCACCGUUAUUGGGCUUGCGGUGUACAAGUGCUCGGGUCUCGGCCUGAUUCCAACAACGCAGGGAGACUGGCUCGAGUUUCUGCCACACGUGGAACCUGCAGAGUAUUCAUCGGGUGGCGUCUCGCUGAGCUCGUAGGCUUGCUGUGUUGCAGCUCUUCCCCAUGCCAUAGCUUGUUGUCGCUGUUUGAUGUGAUGAGUCUUUUUUCUUCCCACACUGUUGCGUGUUUAGUGCUGUUGAAUGAGCGGUGGUGGGUGUAUCUCAAACAAUAGCAAGCAAACGAGUGACGAAACCGA